CCAGACUGGGCUUCUUUGUCACUCCUGUCUCUUAUCUUCUUUGUCUCUAUCCCCUUUACGGCCCCCUUCAGGCUUCUCCUCUAAUUCCGGCUUAUCACUUAUCACUCACCAAGCUUCAACAACACGCUAUCGCCCUCCCAUUGUCUUGUUAUACUAUCCGCCCACACGAUAAGCUGAUCACCUAACCCUUGUCGACCACUAUCUCUACUCUUUUCUUUGUCCUCUCGGCUCGUUUCCCGGAAGGCUCCCGCGGUCCGAUUGUGUAGUGUGUACUGCGUACUGUGUAAAUGUCCGUCCCGGCCAUGUCCAGCCCAGAACCGCUCACAGUCCUCGUUUCGACGAGGGCGAUACUGACGUUGCCAGAUGACAGCUUACUGCUGACACCUGCCUCUAUAUCCAUCUCCCCUACCUCCGGGAAGAUAGUAGCUGUCGUGGCGACUGUCCUCCCUAAGACUGCGUUCCCUUCUACUACAACAUAUAUCGACUAUGGCUCGAAGCUGCUGAUUCCCGGCCUGGUGGAUGCCCACGUGCAUCUCAAUGAGCCGGGUCGCACAGAAUGGGAAGGAUUCAACACUGGCACACGAGCAGCAGCAUCGGGGGGUGUGACCACUGUUGUCGAUAUGCCCUUGAACGCCAUCCCACCUACCACAACCUUGGCAGGGUUCAAUGAAAAGCUAGCGGCCAGUCGGGACCAAUGCUGGGUGGAUGUGGGUUUCUAUGGAGGUGUCAUACCUGGCAAUGCAGAUGAGCUACUGCCAUUAGUGGAAGCCGGUGUUCGUGGUUUCAAAGGGUUCCUGAUUGAGUCUGGUGUGGAAGAAUUUCCUGCCAUAUCAUCAGCUGACAUUGAAUUGGCAAUGAACACAUUGAACGGUACACCAACAACCCUGAUGUUCCAUGCCGAGAUGAUUCCACCUAUCACAGACUCUGUGGGCGAUGCUGUUCAAAGCUCCGAACCACCACUAGCACCGAAGGGCACUUUGAAAGAAUAUCAGACGUUCCUCGAGUCUCGUCCGCCAUCCUUUGAGACUUAUGCAAUCGAGGAGAUUAUCGCUCUCUCCCAUCUCGCCACCAACCUCCACCUACAUAUCGUGCACUUGUCUGCUACCCAAGCCAUACCAAUUCUCAAAGAGGCACGCAAGAGGGGUGUUAACAUCACUGCCGAGACGUGCUUCCACUACCUAGGGCUAGCUGCCGAAGGUGUUGAGGAUGGUGAUUGCCGGUACAAGUGUUGUCCCCCAAUUCGGGAGCAACUGAACCAAGACGGCCUUUGGGAAGAACUACAGGCCGAAGACUCGUGUAUCAAGACUGUUGUGUCGGAUCAUUCACCUUGCACACCUGAGCUCAAGCUCCUGCCACCCCACCUCCAAACGAUGAGUACCCGUCCUGGUAUACACCACUCCGACUCCGGUGUCGACAUGCGCGCCGACUCGGACCUUGCUCCAAAGAUUCCCACCGGUCCAGGCGAAGGUGACUUCUUCGCCGCCUGGGGCGGUAUAUCCUCCGUCGGUCUCGGGUUGCCCAUCCUUCACUCAUCGGCCAAAAAGCGAGCGGCAGCGGGUUCCAAAUCAGCACCCACAAUCGUCGAUAUUGUACGACUGUGCUCGCAGGCCACUGCCAAACAAGUCGGGCUAUCGCACCGCAAGGGCGCACUCAAGGUAGGCAUGGAUGCCGACAUCUGCGUUUUCGAUGACACGGAAGAAUGGGUCCUACAAUCGGGCGGCAUGCACUGGAAGAACCGUUGCUCGCCGUGGGAGGGCCACGACUUCACAGGCCGGGUGAAGGAGACCUGGUUGAGAGGCCAGAAAAUUUUCGAGCAUGGUGGCGCCAAUGCUGGCUUCGUCGGCAUGAAGCCCUUUGGCGAGGCAAUCGUCGAGAAACGCGUUGCCUAAUCCACCAUUCUCUCUGCCGAAUCAGUAAGCAAUGAUUAAAAUAGACAUCCUCGAAGUUGAUAAGGGAAGGUUGACAGGAAUUGAGUUUAGAGGCGGGGAGGCUUUGGGGAAGGGAUGAGGAGAAGAGCCCCAAGCUCCUCCGCAUGAAAUGAUGUGAUACCAAGCGCAUGGAACGUGCAUUUUUAUGGCGUAAUGAUUACGAGAAACAUAGCAUUUAUAACAUAGAGCUUUUAUUUAAUUCUUGAUAGCCAUGCAUCAACCAGUAUGAUUUUGAUGAUUCCAUUCCUAAG